UUUCAUCUGUCCGUCAUGUCGGGCUCUAUGCUGCCGGAAUGGAAGCAACUCCUCCUGGAGCGAAAGAGAAGAGAGGAGAAGGAGAGAGAGAAAAGGGAACGAGAGGAAGAGGAGAGACUGGCCAGCCUGCCAGCCUGGAAACGAGGGAUCAUUCAGCGCCGCAGGGAAAAGCAGGAAGGUGGAGGAGUGAAGAAGAAAGAAAAAGCGAUAGAAUCAGGACGAGAGUUAGAACCGGAGACCGUCGAACCCGUCUGGAAAAAUUUUAGUUGUUCAAAAAAUGGUUUCGCAAAAGAGAAGCAGAUGAAAGAACUGGAAAAAGGGAACAAUGAAGAAAAGAGACAAAGAGAGAGCAGAAAUGAGUGGAUAAGUAGACAGGAAAAAGAGAGGUACAAUGAGAGAGAAGACAACAGUGGUAAAUGGAGGGAUAGAGAGAUAGAGCAGGAAAGAAAAAGAGAGAGGGAGGUAAUUAAAGGCAUGAAUAAAAGAGAGAGUGAUGAGGAGAGAGGAAGGAUAAUAAGGAAGAGAGAUGAUGACUGCUUCCAUCACAGUUCUGUUAUUCACUCCAUUAAAGCAGAAAACAUCCUCAUCAUUAAGAAAAGAAAGAAUCAAGUAGAGAAGGUAGAAAGGGAUGGACAGAGAGACACAGAGGAAGGAAAGAGCUUGGACCCGAAGACGAUUCUGCCUGGUGGAGAAAAUGUGACUGAGAUCUGUGUGUCAGAUUUACUGAUCAUCAAACCAUCUAGAAAAGAAGAAAGGAACAAGAAAGACAGGAAGCAAGGGAACGAAAAUGAAAAGAAAGGAGAGGAAAUGAAAGCAGAAUGCAGAAAUGUGAGUCAGCUGAUCAGUAAGUUUGGUGAGAACUGUAAACUUCCCUGUAGGUCUAAGAGCAGUGACUGCUUCAUCCAUAUGGAAAUGGGGGGAGAGGUUAUAAAGGAGGAGAGAAACAAGAGGGAGAGAAAAGAGGAGUACAAGAUAAGUGGAGAAACGGAGAUGGAGGAGAUAAAGAAGGAUGGAAAGGAUAGAGAGCAGAAAGAGAAUGGACGAGAAUCGCAGAAGGUUGUGAAAGGAGGGCAGACAAUGACAUUAGUUUCACCGUCUAUAGGAAAGUUCUUAGAUGAGACAGAAUCACAGAGCAACAGAGAGGAGCGAGGGAUGAUCUGGAAUGAGGCAGAACAUCACGGAGGAGAGAUACUCAUCCCUAGAUCUGUAUUUUAUGGGAUCGGUGAGAAGAACUUCACAAAGAACGACAGAGAUGAAAUAAGAUGGGUGGAGAGGAGGUUGAGCUGGAAGGCUGGGAGAUCUCUGACCAGAGUGGAGUCUCUAAAACAGAGAAUAUGGCAGAAAGAGAGAGGAGGAACAGAAGGAGGUGAUGAACGAGCUAGAAAGGAUGAGAUGGAGAGCAGACAGGAAGUGGCCUCGCCGCAGUCUCUCAGUCAGUUUGACGUCACAAGGGAAGUAAGUAAAGAGGAACUUCCUGUAUGUGUUCCUCCUUCUCUCUCGGCUGAACACGGAACCUCAGUUCUCAUAGAUCGCCAUGACGGAUUGAUACAAACACCAGAAAGAGAAAAAGAACGAGAUGAGGAUCUGUUGGGGGAAGAUUACAUCCCUCCGUCUCAAUCUUCAACCUCUUCCAGUUCUCCAUCUCCUCCUCUCGGCCACACUCUGCCUGCCAUGAGUCGGAUCUACAACCUGAAGCCUGUAAGCUCCAGGACCGGUGUGUGUAUCACCGAGAGGAACUUGAGCAUCCAGACACACAAUGAUGGAAUGAUAAGGAUACGAUCCGGGGGACAGUUUGCAGCUAGUCCUCUGAAAAUCCAGACAGAAUCUUCACUGCAAUCAGUGCAGCGUAAAGUGGAGCAGCUUCAUCUGAAGGAACAGGAAGUCCAGAAAAAAAAUGAUGAAGAGGCAUCGCAGAAACAGAAUGUGUGUGAGAGAUAUCAGCACCAAAACCUUGAUACUGAAAAAAAGCAAACGCACACCGUCUCGAAACCUCACUCAGAACCGAGGGUUCAGACACAAUGUCAGCAGAUCAGUACCUCAGUCACAAAGAGCAUAAACACCCAAGCAGUACCGAGUGUCUCCUCUCCAGCUACUCCUCUCUUCACCAUCCGGAGCGCUUCUGGGGGCAGAGGAAAGAGAGGCGUCACCUUUACCAUCACUCCCAGGAAAUCAGGCUCCUCAGGAACACCUCCUUCUUCUGUCACGGCUCCUGAAGUGCCUUCAUCUUCCAGCACGACUGCUAAUGCACCAAGUAACAUGCCAGAACCGAGUAAGAAACGAUAUCCGACUGCAGACGAGAUUGAAGUCAUUGGUGGUUAUCAAAAACUGGAGAGAUCCUGCUUGUUGAAAAAUCGAGGAUCACCAAAAUCCUCUCAGGUGAGUUUUGAUGACUCUGGCCCACGUGUGUGUACGUACCCACCGGAGGUGACUGUGGUUGAAGAAGAUGGAAACAGCGAUGACUGGAGAAGCACGGAGGAGAAACAAGAAGAAAAGGAUGAAGAGUGUAGUUUGGAUGAAAUGAUUGGAACAGGAAAAGGACUGAACAGAGUGCUUCGAGUGGAUGAGUCGUGUAAGCGUUAAUCUCCUGAACCUGAACCUGAUCCUGAACCUGAACCUGAUCCUGAACCUGAUCCUGAACCUGAACCUGAAACUGAACCUGAUCCUGAACCUGAACCUGAACCUGAACCUGAAACUGAACCUGAUCCUGAACCUGAUCUUUACAGUUUUGACUGAAUGAGUUGAUUAGAAAUAAUAUUAAUAAUCUGUGUGAAUAAAAUGCUGUCUGCAUAUUUAUAAUAUCCAAUAAAAGUAACUGAAAUAGUGUGUAAUUAUAAAGAGACUUAUGCUUAAUCAUUUAUUAUCAUUAGCUUUACAAAGUGCUUUGUUUUGUUUUGUUUUAUUUACUGAUGUUUCUUUUCUUUUUCUGGGAUUUGUUUGUUUCUGGGUAAACUUUAAUACUGCAUGAUUUCUGAUGUAAUUUUGUUUUAUUUUGUUUUUAUUUUAUGGUUCAGGGUUUCAAUAAAGAUGUAAAUCAUCAUGA